AUGGUGGAUGCCACUGCCGGACACAAACUACUCAGCUUCAUGGACGCGUAUUUCGAAUAUAACCAGAUACCAAUGUACGGCGCAGAUCAAGAACAUACCUCAUUUGUAACUGACCGAGGUCUUUACUACUACAGAGUAAUGCCAUUUGGUUUCAAAAAUGCUGGCGCCACUUACCAACGACUUGUGAAUUCCAUGUUUUCCCAGCAGAUCGAAAAAAUAAUGGAAGUGUGUGUUGAUGAUAUGCUGAUCAAAAGCAUCAAUGCAAAGGACCACUGUCAGCACCUGACCGAGAUGUUUGAUAUACUGAGAAAAUAUGGAAUGAAGUUGAACCCAAGGAAAUGUGCUUUCGGGGUCAGCUCUGGAAGGUUCCUAGGUAACAUUGUAAACAAUCGAGGAAUCAAGGCAAAUACUGAAAAAAUACAAGCUGUCAUCCAAAUGAAACCUCCAACCAAACCCAGAGAGCGCCUAAAACUGAGGCCAUAUUUCUUGGAACACCCCAUUGAGGUCCUCACCAAUUCUCCAUUGAGGCAAACACUACAAAGACCCGACACUUCAGGUCGGAUGGUAAAAUGGGCAGUCGAGCUCGAACAAUUCGACAUCAAAUACACCCCUCGUUCCUCCAUCAAGAGCCAAGCAGUCGUCGACUUUGUAUCUGAGUUAUGCAACGUCCUAAUCGAGGAACUACAGAAAGAAACCCCAUGGAAACUUUAUGUCGACGGUUCAUCCACUAGAGAACGAUCUGGGGUAGGCGUCGUAUUAAUCAGCCCUGAACAUCGCAUAUUCUGCGAAGCCUUGCCAUUUGACUUUAAAGCCUCAAACAAUGAGGCUGAGUACGAAGCUCUCAUUAUCAGAGCAAGGAUGGCCUUAGGGUUGGGGAUCUCCGACCUAAUCAUACACAGCGACUCCCAACUAGUCGUGAAUUAG